AUGAAGCUAAUUUGCCGUUUGUUUUCCCAACAGGUCCUUGUUCCCACUAAACCUAGAACCAUUGAUCAACCAGCUUCUUACUUUUUAAGAAGACAUGACGAGGUAUCUGGGAUGACAGCAGAACUGUUGUGGAGACUGGUGGAUCUCAGUGAAGAGCUUAACGAGGUUCAACAGGGAGCAGGAGAUGGUGUCCACCUUGGCACGUGGACUGACCUUCAUCAGGCAGCUUGUAGUGGUGACGUCCACCUGGCGAAGACAUAUCUACAGCACGGCGCUCUUGUAGACUCCAGGGAUGAAUUUGGCUGCACCCCACUACAUUACGCAGUACUUAAGGGCUGCCAAUCACUGGUUAAACUUCUCGUUCACCGCGGGGCAGAGAUCGACGCCACAGACAGGCACAGCUGGACUCCUCUUCACCGGGCUGCUUGGAACGGACACACCCAGAUUGCCGACCUCCUCCUGCAGCGUGGGGCUUCGACCGGCGUGCCGACCAGGCGCGGACUGACCGCGUUGCACUGCGCAGCCGCAGGGGGGCACCUCCUGAUUGCGCAGCAGCUGCUGAACUACGGGGCAAGCGCCGAGGCAGCGGACGCGCAGCGCUGGACCCCACUGCACUGGGCGGUCGUGAGUGACCGGCUGCACAUAAUCGAAUUUCUCCUUUCGAGAGGAGUUUCAACGCACGGCACGACACGGGGCAACAUGAUGCCCUUGCACCUGGCCGCGGAGGUUGGAAACAGAAAAGUAAUUGAAAUGCUAUUGGAAACUGGAACCUGCAUCAAUGCUGAGGAUGCUGUUGGAAGGACAGCGUUAUCGAUUGCUGCUGCUAAUGGCCAAGAAGAGGUGUUGGUAGAUUUACUCGCACACGGGGCUGCAGACAGUAACAAAGUAUCUGCUCUGCAGGCCGCAGCAGGGAUGGGCCACUUCCGAAUAAUGGACCUUCUCAUGCAACAGGGGGCCAGCGUAGACGCCAGAGACGGCCUGAACAUGACUGCGCUUCAUCGGGCGGCAGAGAGGGGUGAUGCUGAUGUCGCAGAGUAUCUGAUCGAGCGUGGAGCUGAUAUAGAGGCAAGAGGCUGGCUUAUGAACACUCCUCUCCACCUCGCCACCAAAAGGGGCCACGAGCGGACCAUCCAAUUACUGCUGAGCAGAGGUGCCAACAUGUACACCACUAACCUGUGGUACGAAACACCCCUUGACAUCGCCUCAGCACGAGACUGUCACAGUGGUUUUUGUGGAUCUGAGAAACAGAAUUAA